AUGGUGGGUCAAAUAUCCCACCCCCAAGAGCCGGAUAGGUCGAUGAUGGUCGAUCUGAAGUUGAUAUUGGCCGAGGGCUGGAGAUGUGCAUCUGUGAUGUGGCAUAGCGACCUUCAUACAAGCAACAUAUUUAAAGGUCCAAAUGCCGAAGUCAAAAUUGCCGGGAAGUGGAUGAAAGGUGCAAUAGACUUUAAUCUCAUGUCUACAGUUAUGAUGUGUGCCAUCAAAGAUGUUAAGGUCAAGAAACACCUGACCAAUCAGAUUUGA